AUGCCAACCAUUCAGGAAACUGAAUUUGGUUGGGUAGUCAGUGGCAGUGCUACCAUCACCGAAUCCAUGUCUCCAGUAAUGUGUGCGGUGGCAACACACACGAACGAGUUGGACAACCUGAUGAAGCAGUUUUUCGCCAUCGAAGACCUGAGCAACACACCGAGCUGGAGCAUCGAAGAACGAGCCUGUGAGGAUCACUACACUGCAACCACCACACGAGAAGAGGAUGGCAGGUACAUGGUUCAGCUUCCACGCAAGCCAGAAAUGAUUGGCAAGCUGGGCGAUUCAAAGACUAUUGCACUUCGACGGUUCCUAGCGAUAGAACGUCGACUUCAACGAGAACCCGACACCCAACGUGCCUAUGUGGACUUCAUGGAAGAGUACCUUCGCUUAGGCCAUAUGAGCAAGGUGGCAGCUUCUUCAAAGAACGAUGAAUCGUUUUAUCUACCACAUCAUCCGGUCUUCAAGACCGACAGCACCACGACGAAGUGUCGAGUGGUGUUUGACGCAUCGAGCAAAUCUUCAACGGUCGCCCUUACCGCUGACGUCACCAAAAUGUACCGGCAGGUUUGGAUUCAUCCAAAGGACCGAUCACUGCAACGCAUCAUUUGGCGAAGUUCACCCAACGAUCCGAUUCAGGAGUACGAGCUCAACACGGUAACAUAUGGGACAGCAUCCGCUCCAUUCCUGGCAGUGCGUUCGUUGCAACAAAUCGUAGCGGACCAUGGAGGAGAGUUUCCAGUCGCCGCAGAACGUUCCUGUGACUUCUACGUAGAUGACUUCGUUUCCGGCGGGCAAUCAUCUGAAGCGGCGCAGAUGCUGCAGCUGCAAACUGAGCAACUCUACGCUAGUGCAGGAUUCGAGCUGCGGAAGUGGGCGUCCAGCGACCCAUCAGUACUUCAGAACGUGAACCAGGAGAAAUUAGCAUCCAGCUUUUAUGCUACCAGUGGAUCGAAGGGACUUCUCGCCACCCUCGGUUUGAUUUGGGACCCAGCAUCUGACACGUUGCAGUUUAAAAUCAACACCCCAUACGUGAUUGGGGCAAUCACCAAGAGAAAGGUGCUAUCGUGCAUCGCCAGGAUCUAUGAUCCUUUGGGCAUCGUCGAUCCCGUAAAAGCCAUGGCCAAGCAGUUCCUCCAACGCAUCUGGACCCUACAAACGGAGCAGCAACAGCCCUGGGGAUGGGAUGACGAGUUGCCACAUCAUCUACAAGGAGAAUGGAUCAACUUCCACAACCAGUUGAUACAUUUACAAAAUCUACACAUUCCUCGUGUAGCCAUCAGGCCCGAUUCGACAUCAAGCCAGUUCCAUUUUUUCUGCGAUGCAUCGGAAAAGGGAUAUGGCGCAUGCUGCUACAUCAGAAGCCGAGAUGACAAAGGGAACAUCACGAUGCAACUGUACGCGUCGAAAACUAAGGUGACACCGAUAAAUAGCAAACACUCCAUUGCUCGACUGGAAUUGUGCGCUGCACAAUUGGCCAGCUUGCUAUAUGAUCGGGUCAGAUUAGCGGUCAAGCUCUCGUCUCCUGCAACUUUCUGGACGGAUUCCAUGACCGUAGUUCAUUGGUUACGAGCAUCGCCAAAUUGCUGGAAACCAUUCGUCGCCAAUCGCGUCUCCCAAGUGCAACACUUGACCCAAGGAAGUGUUUGGCGGCACAUCCCCGGAGUCGACAAUCCAGCGGACUUAGCAUCGCGUGGUUGCUUGAGCAAGGACCUUCUAGACAAUCCGCUAUGGUGGCAGGGUCCUUCCUGGAUUUGUCUACCCGAGGACCAGUGGCCUGAAUCACCAUUACCAUCAUCAUGUGAAGCAGCAGCAGCAGAGCAGCGAGUCACCACAGUAGCUUGUCCAGUUACAGAAAAACCACCACAUCGCAUCUUUACGCUAUACUCAUCAUUCUCCAGGCUUCGAAGGAUUGUGGCAUAUUGGGUGCAAUACUUCAACAGGCGCUUCAAGCGUCGACAGUACGCGGGUAUUGGACUUACAACCCAAGACCUACGGGAGGCUGAGGAAGUAUUGUGUCGGCUGGCACAGCAGGACCAAUUUGAGCAUGAAAUAAAGGCUCUUCAACAUAACAAGCCGAUACCUUCAUCAUCAAAGCUGAAAUGGCUGCAUCCGCAGCUAGGAGCAAACGGCAUCAUUCGCGUUGGAGGACGUCUAUCCAAUGCACCUCUACUAGAAGACACCAAGCAUCCGAUUUUGGUUCCCAACAACCAUCCACUGGCGGAGUUAUUAAUGGACCACUUUCACAAAACUCGACUCCAUGCGGGGCCACAACUGAUGCUGAGCAACAGUCGCCAACGAUAUUGGAUCAUUGGUGGCAGGAACAUAGCCCGACGUGUAUAUCAUCACUGCAUCACCUGUUUCCGAGCGAAACCUUCAUCUUCAGAGACGCUAAUGGCAGAUCUACCAUCAAGCAGAGUGACACCUCGUCGACCCUUUUCAAUCACUGGGAUUGAUUAUUGUGGUCCAGUAUUCGUCAAGGGACCACAUCGAAGGGCCGCUGCUACAAAGGCUUAUGUAGCAAUAUUCGUUUGCUUCAUAACACGAGCUAUUCACAUUGAGCUCGUGUCGGAUCUCACCACAGAGGCGUUUUUAUCAGCAUUACGCCGUUUCGUCGCUCGUCGCGGACUUCCCGAGGAGUUGCAUUCGGACAAUGCAACGAACUUCAAAGGAGCCAACAAUCAGCUGAAUGAGCUGUACAGACUUCUGCGAACACCUGAACACCAACAAGGCAUGCAGAGUUGGACGCUGGAAAGGCAGAUCAUCUGGAAAUUUAUACCAACACGCGCGCCUCAUUUUGGCGGGAUUUGGGAGGCAGCUGUGCGCUCGAUGAAGCACCACCUGGUUCGAGUUCUGGGAAACACCACUCUAUCUUUUGAAGAUAUGACGACGUAA